GGCGCGGCGCGGGUCCCAGGCCGAGCCCUCCCGGCCCCACCCCGCAGCGGCCCGCCGGGGGCGCCGCCCCAGCCCCCCGGGACCCCGCGCCGUGGGGGACCCGCCACGUGACUCGGCGAUGCAGAACGGUGGUGACCUUCAGCGCGCGUCUGUGGGCGCGGGGGUCCCGGCCGCGGAGCGGGUGCGGGCCGCUGCGGGCGUGCUGGGGCGGGCGCCCGGCGACGCGUGACGGGGGCCCGUCCCGGGGAUGCCGAGGGGCCCGCGGGCCGGCGCUUUGUCUGCUGUCUGCAGAGCCGCGGCGGGCCGGGCGGCGCGGGAUGCCGGGGCGCCCGGGCGGCCGGGGGCGCGCGCGCCGGGCCGGGGGAAGGAGAGCGCUGCGGCGGCCGCGGGGGGCCGCGCGCUGAGCCCGCGCCGGCCCGGGCCUCGGGCGUGACCGGGCGCCUCCCGUGGGCGCCGCAGUGGCCGCGUGUCCCCGUGACCUCGGGGGCUGGCCCGGGCCCGGGUGGAUCCCCGCGCGCCCCUCCCCGCCGCCCUCCACGUGCGUGUUCGCGGCGCGCGUGCCCGGCGGCGCGCGCCCGCCUGCCUGUCGCGGCCGCCGCCACCGCGGACCGCGCGGGGAAAAGGUGCCGGGAACCAGAAAGCCGGGGCCGCGGGCCCGAGCGCCAUGGGCCGGAGGGCGCACGGCGGGCGGCCCAGGCCUCGCCCCCGCCACACAGCGCCCCGGAGUCGGCGGGGGCCGGCUGGGCCCGCGGGGAGGCCGGCCCGAGCCCCCUGAGCGACGGACACAGGGCGCGCGCCAUGGCCCCUCCGCUCCUGCUGCUGCUGCUGGCCAGUGGAGCAGCCGCCUGCCCGCUGCCCUGCGUCUGCCAGAACCUGUCGGAGUCGCUCAGCACCCUCUGCGCCCACCGAGGCCUGCUGUUCGUGCCGCCCAACGUGGACCGGCGCACCGUGGAGCUGCGCCUGGCCGACAACUUCAUCCAGGCCCUGGGGCCUCCUGACUUCCGCAACAUGACCGGGCUGGUGGACCUGACGCUGUCCCGCAAUGCCAUCACGCGCAUCGGGGCCCGCGCCUUCGGGGACCUGGAGAGCCUGCGCUCCCUGCACCUGGAUGGCAACCGGCUGGUGGAGCUGGGCGGCGGCAGCCUGCGGGGCCCCGUCAACCUGCAGCACCUCAUCCUCAGCGGCAACCAGCUGGGCCGCAUCGCGCCCGGGGCCUUCGAUGACUUCCUCGACAGCCUCGAGGACCUGGACCUGUCCUACAACAACCUGCGGCAGGUGCCCUGGGCGGGCAUCGGCGCCAUGCCCGCCCUGCACACCCUCAACCUGGACCACAACCUCAUCGACGCGCUGCCGCCCGGCGCCUUUGCCCAGCUCGGCCAGCUCUCCCGCCUGGACCUCACGUCCAACCGCCUGGCCACCCUGGCCCCCGACCCGCUCUUCUCCCGCGGCCGGGAGGCCGAGGCGUCCCCCGCCCCGCUGGUGCUGAGCUUCAGCGGGAAUCCGCUGCACUGCAACUGCGAGCUGCUGUGGCUGCGGCGCCUGGCGCGGCCCGACGACCUGGAGACCUGCGCCUCCCCGCCCGGCCUGGCCGGCCGCUACUUCUGGGCCGUGCCCGAGGGCGAGUUCUCCUGCGAGCCGCCCCUCAUCGCCCGCCACACGCAGCGCCUGUGGGUCCUCGAGGGCCAGCGGGCCACGCUGCGCUGCCGGGCGCUGGGGGACCCGCCGCCCACCAUGCACUGGGUGGGCCCUGACGACCGGCUGGUGGGCAACACCUCCCGGGCCUGGGCUUUCCCCAAUGGGACCCUCGAGAUCGGGGUGACGAGCGCCGGGGACGCCGGAGGCUACACCUGCAUUGCCACCAACCCUGCUGGCGAGGCCACCGCCCAGGUGGAGCUUCGGGUGCUGGCCCUGCCCCACGGCGGGAACGCCAGCGCCGAGGGCGGCCGGCCGGGGCCCUCCGACAUCGCCGCCUCCGCCCGAACUGCUGCCGAGGGCGAGGGGACUCUGGAGACUGAGCCUGUAGUGCAGGUGACAGAGGUGACGGCCACCUCGGGGCUCGUGAGCUGGGGCCCGGGGCGGCCCGCGGACCCCGUGUGGAUGUUCCAAAUCCAGUACAACAGCAGCGAGGAUGAGACCCUCAUCUACCGGAUCGUCCCCGCCUCCAGCCACCACUUCCUGCUCAAGCACCUGGUUCCGGACGCUGACUACGACCUCUGCCUGCUGGCCCUGUCCCCCGCCGCGGGGCCCUCGGACCUCACCGCCACCAGGCUGCUGGGCUGCGUCCACUUUUCCACGCUGCCAGCCACCCCCCUGUGCCACGCCCUGCAGGCCCACGUGCUGGGCGGGACCCUGACUGUGGCUGUUGGUGGCGUGCUGGUGGCUGCCUUACUGGUCUUCACUGUGGCCUUGCUGGUUCGGGGCCGGGGAGCUGGGAACGGCCGCCUCCCACUCAAGCUCAGCCACGUCCAGUCCCAGACCAAUGGCGGCCCCAGCCCCACCCCCAAGACCCACGCGCCGCGGAGCCCCCCGCCCCGCCCCCAGCGCAGCUGCUCCCUGGACCUGGGGGACAGCGGCGGCUGCUACGGGUAUGCCAGGCGUCUUGGGGGCGCCUGGGCACGGCGGAGCCACUCUGUGCAUGGGGGGCUGCUGGGGGCGGGGUGUCGGGGCCUGGGGGGCAGCGCAGAGCGGCUGGAGGAGAGUGUGGUGUGAUGGGGGCGACUCCGCCGGUGCCCGGAGGAGCAGGUGGGGUGCUGGCCGGCGGUCCAGGAUGGCGGCACCGCCCUGGCUCCUCCCGGUUUUUAUCCUCGGUACCUCAGGCUCCCCGUGUUCUUGGUGGGACGGCAAGCCCUUUCCUUGGUUCUGGCCUCCAGGCCAGGGUAAAGGGACAGGUCCCUCCGACAGGUGCUCAAAGCCACCAAGGCAGAGGCUGCAGCCACCAAGUGGGAGUCUUGUUUCUAUUUAUAAUAAAAUGUUGGGGACACCCCUCCA